CCAACCCCGCACCCGCAUACAGGCUCUACUUUUUCUUGGAGUGGAUGUGUGUGCGUCAGUCUCAUUUGUCUGAUUGUUGCAUUAAAAAAUUCCUAUUAAUUAGUGAAGAUUGAGACGAAGUUGGAAAUAAUAAUGGAAGUUCAGUGAAUUUGAGAAGUAUCAGCAGAGUCAUCACGAGUGAAACCGGUGUAGAGAUGAAUAAUUCAACUCUGUAAAAAAAACUCGUGACAAUGUUCGAGAACUCACCAUAAAAGUCAUUGAUCGAAUAGGCAGACUUGCCAGAUUUUUUAAAUCAUUUUUUUCUCAUCAUCAAUCCCUGGUGUAGAUACCUUUUCUAACGUUGGAUAAUACGUUUUGCAUAUUUGUGGGUUGCUUUCACUGGCUGUUCAUAAGUGAAGUGAUUUUUUUUUUGGAGCAAAUUGGAAGAUAGAUUUGUUUUUGUGCAUCACAGCGGAGCAAUGUACCGCAGCGCAACUGCAUGAAUAACCCAAAAAUUUUAUUCGUCGAAUUGUGAUGAUUUUUCAAUGUUUCACUGAGCAUUGGAGCGGUUUUUGUUGACAACCGAUUUCUUCUUACCCGGAGAAACAAUGACCGCUACGUUCGAUCAGUAUGACAAGUCCAGUUGGUACUUCGGGGCAAUGUCAAGACAGGACGCCUCAGACUUACUCAUGGGGGAGAAAGAGGGUGGUGUGUUCUUAGUGCGUGACAGUACCUCAAUUCACGGUGACUUCGUGCUCUGUGUGCGGGAGGAUAGCAAAGUCAGUCAUUACAUCAUCAAUAAGAUGCAACAGGGUGACCAGACCCGUUAUAGAAUUGGAGAUCAAUUCUUCUCAGAUAUUCCAAAUUUAUUGGCAUUCUACAAGAUUCAUUAUUUAGAUACAACGCCACUCAUAAGGCCAGCACCCAAGAAAAUACAGAGAAUUAUGGCUAAAUACGAUUUUGAGGGCAAUGAUCCGGAUGAUCUGCCGUUUAGAAAAGGUGAGAUUCUCACAGUCGUCACAAAAGACGAAGAACAGUGGUGGACGGCACGUAACAGCGUCGGUCAAACAGGCCUAGUACCGGUGCCAUAUGUACAAAAGUACGAAGAAGAUAAUCAUGGAAUUGAGAACAAUGCACGACCAGAUAGUACAAGCAGUGGCUCCAGUACAGCAUCAAAUUCACUCCCAUCGUCUACAACACCAUCUGUUAAUACAGAUACAAUACAAGUAACAACAACUCCACCAACAGCCACAACUACUGGAACAGCAACCCGUCGUUCAAAUAUUCAACGUAAAUUGCCAGCAUUUGCAAAAGUUAAGCAGGCACGUGUGCCAAAUGCCUACGACAAAACAGCACUGAAACUUGAGGUUGGUGACAUGAUCAAGGUGACUAAAAUGAAUAUGAAUGGCCAGUGGGAGGGUGAAUUGCACGGUAGAGUUGGACAUUUUCCAUUUACUCAUGUUGAAUUUGUCGAUAAUGAAGCAACAACUGAGGAAAAUCAAGAGAUUUGAAGUUGAAGGGGGAAAUAAUGCAAGUCUAUAAAGCGAAAUGAAAAUGUUUGUUCUUUCGUUCUUCCAAUUUGUAAUGCAAUUACAUAAGAAAUCAUUUUUCGUGGUUGUUACCAAACAAAGUAUAAAGAAUUAUGUAUGAAAUAAUAUCUAUCUGAGCGAAUUUGCCAUUAGUAUCAAUAUAUUUAGUACGAAGGAUUAUAUUUUAAUUAAUAUCACUCGGAUUUUAUGAAAUAGGAAGAUACGUUUAUUCAGUUCUGCGAACGUUCUACGAAUAACUUGAGAACGAAGUGGUGAACGGGGUGAAUUGUAAUAUCCGACACGAGGGGCUGGGUAAUUCACGUUUCCAAGUGGUACUGGAAGGUUCUUUUCCUUUACAAGUACUUGAGAUAUUGGGAGAAUGUCUAGUCCAUUGUGAGGAUAUUUUUUUGUCGAGUACUCCGUAGGAACGUGGCUGUUGUGGAGAUCGGUUAUGAUGUACCCUUUGCAGAAUGAGAACGCAAUCAACCGUCAACUCAGUAAACUUAUCACCCUAUUUCUCUUCUCCAUGAAUUCAUCUUAUUAUGACUUUUGAGCGUAUUAUUCGAGACAUUCAAUGGAGAUGUGGAGUCUAUAUAUAUGUACAGAGAUUCCAUGGAGUGGAAAAAUUUGAUAAUUUUUUUAUUUCAAAAAAAAACAUUGCAGGAUUGCCAUUGAGUUACGAAUUCAUAAUUGAAUGGCCAAUGAGUAUUAGGAACUUCUGUACGUGCAGACAAUGCGGUAUGUUAGAUUCUGGCAAUGAUGGAGAGGAUACAUGUAGGACUACUGUAACUAUUAUUUUCUUUGGAUCUAUGUUCAAAGUAUUGAGAUAUUCUGUACAAAAUUGUGAACUAUUUUUAGUUUUCUGUGCAACAUUUUGGUCAGUUCUGACUGUUUUAAUGAAUGCAAUAUUUUUGCAGAGAAGUAAAAUUAAUUAAUAAAUUGAGAUUGUUUGUGAAAAUCUACAUUCGAAUCAAAAGAAAUAAUCAAAUAUUGAUAAUCUGUCGCUUUAUCACAAAUAUGUAUCAGUGAUCGUUCGAAUCUCCAUGUGAUAAUGGAUAAAAACAAAUCAAAUUUUUUAUUGUAAAUAACGUAUCUAUAAUAUUUCCAGUAGAGUUUUUACUUUUACACAUUGAAUUACAAUAAUAAGUGGGUAAGGAAUAAAUGAACCGAUGAAUUGCUUCAUUUUUAUGACCCUCUUCCUUGCUGACUUCGCACAAUUUUUCAUCAGUCGUAAGGGGAAACCCUUUGUUUAUUCGACAGUUGUUAAGUUCUAGUCACACUGAGUGGGCAGACAUGCAGCUAGUUGUACAGAGUGUCUCAUCAAUGUUUUACAUUUAAUUACUUGUAAUCCUCAGUUUCUCGAACUAGUGGCCUCGACGAAUUUGUAAUAUGGAUUUAUGUAUAUCUUUAAUAAUUUGGGUGAGUGAAAUUUAUCCCUCACAUACACAAAAUGCAUUUGCAUCCUUCUUUUCAUCUUCAAAUAGAAAACAAUAUAUUUUUCACUUAACUUUA